CGGUGCGUUUAACCCGCGUGCGCCGCCAUAUUGAAAACAUAGACGUGAUAAUCAGAGGCGUACUUGGUACCCUCUUAAUUUCUGCAAAUAUCGGCCGUCAUCCACUCUGCAAUCAUGGUGGCCGGCAAGAGUUCAAAGAUGUUGCAGCACAUCAACUACCGUGUGCGAUGUGCUCUGCAGGACGGACGUGUCUUCAUCGGCACAUUUAAAGCGUUCGACAAACACAUGAACCUCAUUUUGGGCGACUGUGAUGAAUUCAGGAGAAUCAAACCAAAAACUGCCAAGACAGAAGCCAGAGAAGAAAAGCGUGUGUUGGGACUGGUUCUUCUCAGAGGGGAAAACUUGGUGUCUAUGACCGUGGAGGGGCCACCCCCAGCUGACGAGGGAAUGGCCCGAGUUCCCCUCCCAGGGGCUGGCCCAGGUCCAGGUAUGGGUCGUGCGGCAGGGCGAGGUGUUCCAGGGGGAUUGGGGGGUGCAGCCCCAGGACUUCAGGGUCCAGUCAGAGGGGUAGGCGGCCCAUCACAACAGAUCAUGCAGCCAGGAGGUCCUCCAAUGAGAGGAGGCAUGAGAGGGCCAGGUCCAAUGAUGGGAGGACCCCCAGGACGAGGUGGACCACCCCCAGGAAUGAGAGGACCACCUCCAGGGAUGAUGAGGGGGCCACCCCCAGGGAUGAUGAGAGGCAUGCCCCCUGGGAUGAGGGGACCCCCACCACGGUAAAGGGGCACGCCCUGUGGCCAUAGGACUAUUUAUUGUCAGACAGACUGGUGAUGCUGCACUGUAAUGUGAGGGCAGCGCCCAAGGAGAAUGUAACAAAUGAUUCAGGUAUGACAGAGCAGAGAGUUCUGUCGUGUUGAGUCAGCACGGUAAAAUAUCCUUGUGGAAAAAUUAAAGAAAAGAUGUACUGUUUUGCAGAAUCUUUGAUUUUAUGUUAGAGAUGAGUCUGUCUUCUUGUAGAGAAGAAAACGGCAUCAUUCUUCCAUAUCUUCUCCACUUGUAUAGACAAGGCAUUCCAAGACUUUCCUAAGUUGAAAAGGCGAGAGGAUCAGAUUGAUUACUAGAGAUGAGAAAUUGUUGCAUUGUCUUACUGCCCAUGUGCAUUCUGAACAUUUAAGCUAAACCAUGUGAUGCCCAAAGGAUGCAAAGGUGCAAACAAAAUGCCGUUGGUUUCAUCAACAUAUGGGAGUCUGAGAAAUGCAACCAGACUAUACUGGUGUCUUGCUCGACUUCUGUUUCAAACUCUGAUUACAGAAGGAUGUUGCCUCUGAUGAUUUCUAGAAAAAACUAGGAGAACUUUCCAAGUUAAUCAUGUUAAGCAAGACCGCCCAUGCAUUAGAACCUUUUUAUACUUUUUCCAAACUAAAGUUUUUAAUAAAAUACGUUUUAGAAGUA